AUGGACGUCGAAGAAUCCACCAUCAACCUCGUGAGUGCCGAAGGCGACUCCUCGCCGGUUCCUCUUUCUGUUGCGAAAAUGUCCGAGUUGGUGAGGAGCAUGAUGGACGAAGAAGCCGAAGACGACGACGUCAAGGAGAUUCCCCUGCCCAACGUCAAGUCGCAAGUGCUCCACAAGGUGAUUGAAUUUUGCGAGCACCACCUGAAAGAACCCAUGACGGAGAUUGAAAAGCCGCUCAAGAGCAACUCCAUGAGUGACGUUGUGCAGAAAUUCUACGCCGACUUUGUGGAUAUCGAGCAAGUCUUGUUGUUUGAACUGAUUUUGGCGGCCAAUUACAUGGAUAUCAAGCCUCUGUUGGAUUUGACGUGCGCCACCGUCGCCAGUAUGAUCAAGGGAAAGACACCGGAAGAUAUUCGCACGACAUUCAACAUCACCAACGAUUUCUCACCCGAAGAAGAGGCACAAGUCCGCGAGGAAAACAAGUGGUGCGAAGAAGCUUAA